UUGUUCUUCUCCAAACGCGUCUCAAACUUAAGGAUGCUGCAAACUUGAAAGAAUUUUGCAAUUGCAUCACAUUAGCUUUUUCACCUGCGAAAAUCCCCUCUGGAGACGCUGCAGCUAUGUGACAUGUUGUUCUCUAGUGCACAUUGGUAUCUUGUCAGAGCUGUAAAUAGAGGCAAUGGCAGCUAUUUGGCCAGAUGUCUAACAGGGGGCACUGUCCAUGCAACAGUGAUAUUCAAUGUACCUGACAAAAAUGUAACCAAAAAGAUUGAAGUUGUACAGAAUGACUUGACAAAGGAAAACGUGGAUGCAAUUGUGAAUGCUGCAAACUCCUGGCUGAAACAUGGUGGAGGAGUAGCUGGAGCAAUUGUUAAAAAUGGUGGAGAUCAAAUUCAAAACGAAAGUGAUGAAUAUGUAGCUAAAUAUGGUCCCAUAAAGACCGGAGGGAUUGCUGUUACCAGACCUGGAAGUCUUCCAUGUAGUAUUUUAAUCCAUGCAGUAGGUCCGGUUUGGAUGGGAGGGCAAAAAGAUGAAGACAGCAGUCUUCACUCAGCCAUGUACAACUCUUUGUCCGAGUGUCAUUCAAGGCUUCUGAGCAGUGUAGCUGUCCCCGCCAUUAGUAGCGGUAUUUUUGGAUUUCCUAAGGCAAGAUGCGCGAAGAUUCUGUUCUCGGCUGUGUUGGAAUUCUUCCGCGCUGAGCCCAAGAGCUCUGUUAAUCUCGUGCGUCUUACAAACUUUGAUAAACCAACUGUAGAAAUUUUUAAGGACGCUGCAGCUGAUUUAAACGAAGAACCCGAUAUAAGAGUGGAGCUAGGCCAAGCGUCGUGAAAUUUAGUUCUUUUUAAUAACUCUACGCUUAACUUCAAAGCAAACCAUAUUUAACAAUUACUCACCAAAGUGGAGAUAAAUAUCCACCACUUUCACCGACACUUUGGUGAAUAAAUUUUUUAGUGUAAACCACGCUGAUACCAAAAACUUAGUUUAUUUCUUUCAAUAUACCGUAAAAUGGUGAGAAAUUAAUUACGGGCAUGAGGCGUCAAGUACAACUUCUCGCUCGUGCAAUUCUAUGUCGCCAUUUUUGCGCCUUUUUUCUGAGUAUUUGCGAAACCAAAAGCUUCGCUGCGUUGAAAAGGGGACAAUUCUGCUUUUUUCUCAUGAGCCUAGAAAUAGUUGGAUCGUAAAUCCGUGGUGUAAAAAUGUCAUUUAGUUUCGUUUGUUUUUAUGUUCAUAAGGCUGCAGUUGUUAAACUCAAAUUUGAGAGAUACGUGCCAUACGUUUUUUUGGGUAAAAGUUUCGCAUGUUCACGCGUACUUACGAACUUUAAAUUGGUUAGUAGGGGGACUGAAAUGCAUGGGGUGGUUUCGGAAGUUGGUGUGAUGUAUUUUUGCAUGCGCUUUCUAAUUUUUCAAAUUGCCAUAUUUUAUUGGCAUACUUUAGGGUUUCGUGGGCGCUCAGUAAAUACUUAUUUUUUAGAUACUUCCCCUCAGGUCUCGCCCACGUUGGGCAGGUGUUCAGGAAGACAUGUGAGUCGGUAUAAAGAAAGAUACCAUGAGAUUAAAAAGCGAAAUUGGAAAAUGUUUCACGGAACAAACCAAAAUUUUCUUUCUAACCAUGAAUAAUUUUGUGUCGCUUUUUACUCUACUUCAUUUCGUUCUUUUUUGCUCCUUUAAUUUAAGGGCCUUACAGUUUUGUUUUUGUCCAUGUAGGCGUAGGGAAAAAUUAAUUUCAGCUUUAUUGAUAUACUAAUCAUUUAAGCUUUAUGAACGUCCUCGAUGAAAGAACUGUAUUAUUACAAACUGUCAGUAGCUUCUAUCCAUAUGUUUAUUUUCAAUUCUUCGGCGGUUGGAGAGUCUCUUAAAUUGUGCUCCCUUUAAGUAGAGCGCGUUAUCGCAAAAAAUUGUAAUACGGGUGAUCGUAAAUAUUCAUCUUGUCCAUUACGGUGACUAAGAUAGACUAAACCAUUUUUGCCUGGCAAAGUUGCAAAUUAUUCAAUUCGCAAAAUACCAUCGAUUUAGCUUGAGUGUAACAGCCAAACGAUUGCUGCAAUAUAUUUAUUCAUUCUUUCAUUUAGAGUAAUCUUCCCCAAUAUAGUUAAAUUAGCUCGUUUGAUGGAAAGGUACGAUAAUACUGACAUUUUUGUCGUAAAAAUUGCAAGAAAAAGGAAAUAAAUCUUACUGCAUUUAGCAUUUGCCAGCAAGUAAAAAUCAGCCAGCAGCAACGUUAUCUUUUUCGUUGGGCUUGUAUCCUAGUUUAUUUUCAAACAUUUCGUUUUGUGUGGAACAAGGCUAGGCUGUUGAUGUUUAGGUGUCUAAAGGUCGUAACUGGACGUUGUAAAAAUUUUUUGCUGCACAGCUUUAAAACCUAGGAUUAAUGCCUCGUUUUUUUAUCUUAAAGAUCGCAGAAAAGUGAAUUGAAAUGUCUUCUGCUUUAGCAAAAUGCGUGUUUGCUAGAUUGUUCCCACAUAUAUUGUUAUGGAAAUGAAAGAGAUAUGACAGACACUGCAACAAAGUGUCACUUUUCGGUUGUGUUUUUGCCAGUCAUUUUGACUAAAACACCCGACAAAUCUGAUUAAAAAGGAGACUUCGGAGAAAGGUUUCAAAAGUUGAGUUCUUUCAAUAAAAUUAAUCGUUUUUAAAAUGCUUCGUUUCUAGUGUGGACAAAUAAUAAAAGCGGUAGCUUUUUAAAAAGAUGAUUUUUCGCUUCCUAUCAACAUCAUCUGGGGUUUCGUUGAACGAUAGGCGAAAACUGACGUAUUAAAACAUGCGCGUUUUCAAAAACGCGCUACUGUGGACAUUUAGGAGCAAAACAAUAAACUUCACGGUGGUUAAAAAAAAUUUGCUUCUUUUUGUUGGUUGAAACUCAGACGGAUUCUCAAGAAGAGGAUUAGUGUGGUCCAGGCCUUACUCGUCGCUUAGUCAAUCGUUGGUCUGUAAUUUUGUGAA